AUGCGCCCGAUCUUCAAGAACACAGAAAUCAGCCGCGAUGAUAUUGGAGACUUCAUGCAAACUUAUGCAGAAGAACACAAAAUCAUGGCCCAGCCUCGGUGAAGCUUGAUUGGGAGUAUGAAAGGGGAAAAGAUCCUGCUGGCCACACCCCAUCCUCAAGUGGUACCUGGAACAUGGUUUAGAGGUCACCAAAGUGCACCAAGUGAUCGAGUUUACCCCUGAGCCCUGUUUUAGACCUUUUGGGGAUGCAGUGUCAGACGCGAGGAGAGCCGGAGACGCGGAUCCUAGGAAGGCCAUCAUUGCAGAUACCAUGAAACUGGUAAGGUUUUGUUUCAUUCUUUCAUUCUUAAAGGGGGUGGGAACAAUACACAUUUUCACGAAUAGAAAAAGCUUAUAUCUUUGUUUGUCUCUCAGGUGGGCAAUUCAGGCCAUGGUAAGACGAUCACUAACCAACUGAAACACAGAAACGUGGAGUAUUGCAGUGACGCAGAGGCCAGCCAAAAAGUCAACACCCCACUGUUCCGGAAACUGGAUAAUAUCACAGAAGACACUUACGAAGUAGAGCCUUGUAAGAAAACUUUUAAGUUAAACUUACCCAUUCAAGUCGGCUUUUUUGUGUAUCAGUAUGCGAAGUUACGCAUGCUGCAGUUUUAUUAUGAUUUUUUGGAUAAAUAUUUAGAUCGCAGCGAUUUUCAAAUGUGUGAGAUGGAUACGGAUUCAGCGUAUAUUGCCAUUUCAGAGGAGAGUGUAGAAAGUUUAGUCAAACCAGAAUUGAAAGCAGAGUUCGAAGCCGAUAAAUGUAACUGGUUUCCCCGUACGGAUACACCCGAGCAUAAAGCGUAUGAUAAGCGAACCCCAGGUCUUUUUAAGGUUGAGUGGGAGGGACAAGGAAUUAUCGGGUUGUGUUCAAAAACCUACUACUGUUUUGGGGCGAAAGAUAAGUUUUCUUGCAAAGGAGUUAAUAAGAAAUGUAACGAGAUUAACAAAGAUAAAUAUUUAAUUGUACUAUUAACCAAACAAAAUAGUGCUGGGGUGAAUCGGGGGUUCAGAGUUGUCAAUGUAUACCUACACUCAAGUGAGAGAUGCAUUCUCGUAUUUUUACCCGAAACGAAAAGUUUUGCCUGA